UUCACCGCACGAGACCGGGUAACUCCACCCAACGAAAUAAUGGCUCCCAGAAAUCCUGAAAUCCAUAGCUGUCUAAUUUGCGACCGUUUUCAUCCGUUACGUUUUUGCCGCCAGUUCCUCGAAAUGGACAUAGGGGCUCGUCGACGAGCAGUCCGCGAACAUGGCUACUGUUUUAAUUGUCUCGCCAGAUCUCAUCGCACGUACGAGUGUACCUCCGACGAUGUGUGCAAAAUAUGCCGACAGGAACACCACUCCCUCCUGCAUCUUUACCCGAUGAUGCGAAUUAGCCGAGACGAGUUGGAACGAUCCCGAGCUAGGCAAAGAGUGGAACGAGCACCAGUAAAUGAUGCUCAUGCUCAUAAUCGACAGAGACACCGAGAUGAAGACCCCAAUAGACUGGAAGCGAGACGACAAUUUGAUGAAGAGAGGCGUAGAGCGAGAAGACUUAUCGUCCGAGCACCGAUGGGCAGAAACAAUGUCGAAGGUCUCAGAUCAUCUGUACCUCGGUACAUGAUUCAAUUGGCCAUAAGAACCCUAAAACGAGUGACCGAAGCUCUGGACAACUGAAUAAUUGGCCUUUCUGCCCAAGGCGGGGAGCAUGUUGAAUGGACUGACCUUCCAGCCACAUCGUUUGUUGUUGAAUAGACUUAUCCCAACAAUUUUGAAUUUAUAUUAAGAUCUCAAUGAAGUAUUUGAACUAUGAUUAAUCGUAAGAAACC